UUUUCUUUUCCUGGAGUGGGUAUACAUUUGUUUGGUGGACUCUACUUUGUGGUGCAAGACUUGGUCGGUUUCGUGCUUCCUGUAGAGUCCAGACUGACCCUGCUUCCUCAAGACCGUACCAGUAACCUCUCCAAUGUGCCAUUUGUUUUCACUUUCAGUCCCUCCCCUAAAACUCUGCUCCCCGUUACCGGAGAAGCACAGGGCAUCUUCCCUUGAGAUGCACCCUCUCAUUCUUCUUUCUUCAGCCAGCGCUCUCCCUCCAGGAACCAGGAUCUGCGCACCGUCCAUUUGAAAAUGAGCGCCCUGGGCGAGGCGGAGGAGAGGAUCUCCCAGUUUGACUACAGCCUGGCCCCGGAAAUGUCGGCGCUCCUGGGCGUGGACGCCUUGGCCUUCAUGAAGCUGCGGGAGGAGAAGGAGCACAGAGAGCGGGCGCGGAUGCGCAAGAGCUUCAACCCCCGGAUGCGCAGCGAGGCCCGCCGGCUGAGGACCUUCGCCACCUACCACCCGUACAGCUCCUGGACGCCGCAGGACAUGGCAGCAGCGGGCUUUUACUUCACCGGGGUGAAGUCCGGGGUUCAGUGCUUCUGCUGCAGCUUGAUCCUCUUUGGCUGCAGCUGCAGGAAGGUCCCCGUGGAGCACCACAGGGAGUUCCGCCCGGGCUGCCCCUUCCUGCUGGGCAGGGACGUGGGUAACUUCAGCAAGUAUGACGUGCGGGUGAAGACCCCAGGCAAGGAGCCCAGCGGUGGCCGAGCGAGGUACCGCGAGCAGGAGGCCAGGCUCGCGUCCUUCGAGAACUGGCCCUUCUACGUCCACGCAGUGUCCCCGCGGGGCCUCGCAGCUUCCGGCUUCGUCUUUACAGGUCACAGGGACACCGUGCAGUGCUUCUCCUGCGGCGGAUGCUUAGGAAACUGGGAAGAAGGAGACGAUCCCUGGCAGGAACAUGCCAAGUGGUUUCCCAAAUGUGAAUUUCUUCAAAGUAAGAAGUCCUCAGAGGAAAUUGCUCAGUAUAUUCAAAGCUACCAGGGAUUUGUUGGCGUGACGGGAGAACAUUUUGUGAAUUCCUGGGUCAAAAGAGAAUUACCUAUGGCAUCAGCUUAUGACAACGACAGCGUCUUCGCCAAUGAGGAGCUCCGACGGGACACUUUUAAGAGCUGGCCCGGAAAGUCCCCAGUAGCAGUGGCAGCCCUGGUCAAAGCAGGCCUCUUCUACAGAGGGGUGGAGGAUGAGGUACAGUGCUUUUCCUGUGGAGGAUGCAUGAAAAACUGGCAGGAAGGGGAUGACCCCUUGGCAGAUCAUACCAAAUACUUCCCCAGUUGUCCAUUUCUCCAAAAUAUGAAGUCCUCUGCAGAAGUGAUUCGAGACCUCAAGGGCUGUGGUGAACUCCCUGAGAUAAUGGAGACCACAGGUGAAAGCAAGCUCGAAGAUCCCACAACAGCAAGUUCUUUAAUGCCAGAGGUGGCCCAGCAGGAAGCUCCAUGGUUUGCAGAGGCAAAGAGUCUGAGUGAGCAGCUGAGAGCCAUCUACACCAGUGCCCGUUUCCGCCACUUGUCACUGCUUGAGAGCCCUUCUGACCUCCCCUCUGACCAUCUGCUGGGGUGCGACCUGGCCCUCACGGCCAAGCAUGUCAGCAGUCCUGUGCAGGAGCCCCUGACGUUGCCCGAGGUCUUGGCCAACUUGAACUCUGUCAUGAGUGUGGAGGGUGAAGCUGGCAGUGGGAAGACGGUCCUCCUAAAAAAGAUCGCCUUUCUCUGGGCAUCCGGGUGCUGUCCCCUGCUGAACAGGUUCCAGCUGGUCUUCUAUCUGUCCCUGGAUUCCAUCAGCCCAGACCAAGGGCUGGCCCAGGUCAUCUGUGACCAACUCCUAGCAACAGAAGGCACAGUAAGUGAGACAAGCCUGCGGCACAUGACACGGCAGUUAGGGAACCAGGUCUUAUUCCUGCUGGAUGACUACAGAGCGAGGGCCUCAGGGUCCCUCGUCAUGGAAACACUGAUCCACAGAAGCCACUUGUCCAGGUGCUGCCGACUAAUUGCUGUCCAUACAAACCGGGGCAGGGACAUCCGUCAACACCUAGAUACAGUUCUGGAGAUCAGGGAGUUCCCCUUUUACAGCACCUUCUCUGUAUUACGGCGGCUUUUUCCAGGCCACCAGCCCCAGCUGCGGAAGCUCCUGGUGUGUUUUGGAAAGAACCCGCACAUCCAGGGGAUUUACAAAACCCCUCUCUUUGCGGUGGCACUCUGUGCUUACUGGUUGAGGUACCCUUUCACUCAGUCUCUCGACCACGUGGCUGUUUUCAAGGCCUAUAUGGAAUGCCUUUUCUUAAAGCACAAAACUCAGGCUGAGCUUUUCAGAGCCACUGUGUCCUCCUGUGGGAAUCUGGCCCUGAAAGGGUUUUUCUCAUCUCGUUUCGAGUUUAGUGACGAUGACCUUGCAGAAGCAGGGGUCGAUGAAGACGAGGAUCUCAGCAUGUACUUGAUGAGUAGGUUCACAGCCCAGAGGCUGAGACCAGUCUAUCAGUUUUUAAAUCCUGCAUUUCAAAAAUUUCUUGCUGGAAAGAGGUUGAGCGAACUGCUGGAUUCAGACAGGAAUGAAGAUCAAGAUUUGGGACUUUAUUAUUUGAAACAAAUUAACUCACCCCUGCUGGCUGUGUGUUCCUAUCACGAUUUUUUAAAGUAUGUCUCCAGCUACCCUUCAACAAAAGUGGGGCCAAAGAUGGUAUCUCAUUUGCUCCAUUUAGCAAGUAAAGAGUCACUGGGACAUCCGCCCCCAAACAGUGACCCCUCAAAGCAGGAAGAGGAAAUGAGCCUGGAUGCACAAAUGUUCAGGUCAUUGUGGCAGUUGUGUCCAGAGCAGUGCUUGUUGCUGCUAUCAGAAUUUUUACUGGAUUUUGCCUUGAGCAUUGCUUAUCAAAGCAGUACUGUUGCUGUAUGUGCUCCAUUUAUUUUGAAAUUCCUUCAAGGGAGAUCUCUGCCGUUGAGAGUACUUAACUCACAGUACUUCUUUGAUUACCCAGAAAGUCUCCAAGUGCUGAGAAGUAUCACGGUCUUUCUAAUAGGCAGCAAGCAGAGAUGCAGACCAGACAGUGAAAUCUUGGAAAGAUGUUUUGACAGGUCCCAGAUGCCAACAAUAGAUGAGGACUAUGCUUCGGCCUUUGAGACUCUCCAGCAAUGGGAGCAGGACUUGGCGCUGAAAGAGGAGAACAUCCGGAGUUACCAGCGGCUCCAGCUGCAGCCGCCGCUGGUCCUCUCCAGCGGCUACUGGCGGCUCUCCCCCAGGCCACACCAGCUCCCGCUGCUGCAGCUGCGCGCCGCCUACCAGGGCGCCGCCAGUCCCGCGGUGCUCCAGGCGCUCACGGCCGCCUUCGACGCCGCCCAGCACGUUGAGCUCCACGUGGAGAAGAGCAGCGGCUUCUUGGAGAGCAUCUGGUCCGCGCUGGAGCCCAGCAGGGCCGCGGUCACCAAGGUCACCCUGUGCAUCGACGAGUGGCUGAGCGCCACGGAGCAGGAGCUGUUGCUCGCCCUGCCCGCACUGGAGUCCCUGGCCAUCUCGGGCUCAGCCAAGUUCUCAGAUCAAAUCUUCCCUAACCUGGACAAGUUCCCAUGCCUGAGAGAACUGUCGGUGAAUAUGGACAGCAGUCUGGAUAUUUUUUCUCUCUUUCCUGAUGAAUUCCCAAACCUCCAUCAUAUGGAGAAAUUACUAAUCCAAGUUUCAGCUGGGUGUGAUGCUUCCAAACUAGUCAAAUUGAUUCAGAAUUCUCCAAACCUUUGUGUUUUCCAUCUGACGUGCAAUUUUUAUCCGGGUUUUCAGUCUCUCAUGACCACAUUGGCUUCCUGCAAGAAACUCAGUGAAAUUAGAUUUUCUGGAUCCUUUUUUGAUGCUGUCCCAUUUGUCACUAUUCUGCCAAGUUUUAGUUUUUUGAAGAUAUUAAACCUGGAAUACCAGCGAUUUCCUGAUAAGGAGACAGCUGGAAAAUUUGCUGGCGCCUUGGGUUCGCUCGCGAACCUGGAAGAGCUGGUCCUUCCAACCGGGGACGAGAUUUAUCAGGUGGCAAAACGGAUCAUCCAGCAGUGCCAGCGGCUUACGUGCCUUCGAGCCCUCACCUUUUUCAAGAUUCUGAAUGAUGACAGCUUGGCUGAAAUCGCCAACAUAGCAAUCAGUGGAGGUUUCCAGAAACUUGAGGACCUAAAUCUUUCAGGGAAUCACAAGAUUACCCAGGAUGGGUACAGGAAUUUCUUUCAAGCCCUGGAUAACCUGCCCAGCUUGAGAGAGCUGAAUAUCUCCAGACACUUCGCUGACUGUUUGACAAUCCAGGCCACCACGGUCAAGGCCCUUGGCCAGUGUAUGUCCCGCCUGCCCAGCCUGCUCCACCUGAACAUACUGGGCUGGCUCCUGGAUGCAGAAGAUGUUGCACUGCUUGAUGCCGUAAAAGAAAGACAUCCUCAGUCCAUGCGUUUGCAGAUUUCCUGGAAAUGGAGAUUGCCAUUCCCUCCAGUCAUCCAGAAAUGAAACCUUCAGGUGGGGUGAGCUGGUGCAUCCCUGUAACCCAGCACUCCAGACCUGAGGCAGAGGACUUGAGUCCAAGGGCACCCUGGCACAGUGAUAACUUAUCUCAGGUGAAAAAAAUAAAGACUGUCUCUUAAUAUAUUAAUUAUGUUCUAAAAAAAUAGCCUCUGUGAUGAAUUUGAUCAUUAUAUACAUCUACAGUGUACCAAUAAACUUAAAGAGGGAAAGAAAAAAGACAGUCAGUAAAAACUGCUGAAUCAAUAAUUCUAGAAACAUAGAUUAUCAAACAUAUUUUAGUAACUACUGUGACAAAAGAGUAUGUGAUAUACAUAAUAAUCAAAUUCACCAUAGGGAAUUUGUACUCCUAUGUGAUAUUUUGAUUCUUGUUUUUUUCCUGCAAACCUCUCUCCCUUCCCUUCUAGUAAGACUGUGAACCAUAAAACUCCUAGAAGAAAACAUAGGAAGAAAGCUCUCUCUCACUGGCUUUGGCAGUGAUUUUUUGCAUAUGAUACCAAAAGCACAGGUAACAAAAGCAAAUGUGUACAGGUGGAACUGCAUCAAAUUAAAGUGUUUAUGCAUUGCAAAAGAAAAUGAAGACAGCCUACACCAUGAGAGAAAAUAUUUCAAACCAUCUACCUAAGAAAGGGCUAACAUCUGUAAUGGUUGGUUGUGUCAACAGGAGAAGUUUAGAAGUUUAACUAAAUGGGUUCAGCAAUUCUAUGCCCUGGGCUGUAGAAGAUCUGCCUCAGGGUGACUCAUUUACAGCAAGGGUCGUGGGGACCCACCCUAGAGCUGCUCAUGGCCUGGACAAUACAGAGGGCACAUGAAGAAGGCAGGCUUGCUUCUGUUUCUUUGGAGGAGCUCCAGUCUCAGCCUUCAGAGCACACUGACUCCUGGAUCCCAGUGCAGACUUCAGCUGCAUUACUGUUCAGCCUCCCAUCGCAGACCCAUUGGCCUCCUGAGAUGGACUGGCACAGGACACUGCAGUGAUCUCCAGAUCCUGGCUGAACCCUGCAGUCUCCAGCGUGCGGACACCCUCUGCACACUUCCUCAUCCAGUCCUGUGGGUGACCAUCAUAAGCUUAUCUUGUAAUUUUCUAUCAUAAGCUUAUCUUGUGAUUUCCUAUCCAAUUGUAUAUCUUGUGUUAUGUCUGUUUCUCUAGUAAAAUAGAUACAAUAUGCAAAAUAUGUAAGAAAUUCAUGCAAGUCAAAAAAAUGUGAAAGACAUACAAAGAUGUUCAUUAUCAGUAGUCAGCAGAUAAAUUCUUCUUUUUAUUUAUUUUAUUUUUUUGUACCAGGAAUCAAACUCACUACCUCGUGCUUGCCAGGCAGGCACUGUGCCACUGAGCUGUAUCCCCAGCCCUACAGCAGGUAAAUUCUAAUCAAAACUGUAUGAAGCAUCACCUCACACCUGUUAUCAGAAAGUCAACAAAUGAAAAUAGCAUGUAUUAGUGAGGGUGCAGAGAAAUGGGAAUUUUGCCUUUUAUACUGUGGGCAAGGAGAUAGUUUGGUACAGUCACGAUGGGAAACAGCGUGGUUUCCUGGCAGAAGCAGUACUGGGCCGCAAGGCCCAGGGUCACCAGAGGGUCUGCCCCACAGCCCAAGCCGCAGGGCCUCACUGUGCCAAGCAGGCCAAGGCUGCAAAAGCUUUUUAAUAGGAUGAGAUCCCAGUAUUGAUUCUUUGUAUUAUUUUCUUGAUAGCAGGGUUUUGUUUAUGAAAUCUUUGCCCACACCUAUGUCUUCAAGUGUUCAGCCCUUUUUUUUUUUUUUUUUUUUUUUUUAAGAUUUAGUGUUUCUGUUUUAGUAUUUAGAUCUUUGCUCCAUUUUGAUUUUAGUUUAGUGCAUGGUGAUAGAUAUGGGUCUAGCUUUAGUCUUUGGCAUGUGGAAAGCCAGUUUCUCCAGCACUAUGCUACUGAAACAGCUUUCUGUUGUUUCACUGUUCUGGGGACUGACCCAGGGCCUUCUCACGAGCUACAUCCCUAGUCUUUUAAUCAUUGUUUUGAGACAGGGUUGCCCAAGCCCCAAGCUCAGUCAAAAUAGCUUUCUUUUUUCUUCCUCCUCCAACUUUUUUUUCUUCUGCUUCUCCUUUUCUUCCUUCUCUUUCUCCUCCUUUUCCUUUUUUCUUUUUGUUUGAGACGGGCUCUCUCCAUGUAGCCCAUUAAGUCUGAGUGAUCUGUCUGCUUCAGCCCUCGGGUGCACCCCGCCUAGCCUUGCCUCAGUGGUUUUCUAAGCGCCACCUGUGACCUGCACACUGCUGUUUCUCUAUCAUCCUCCUGUCUUGUGGGGCCCAGUGAACAAGGGCUCCCACUGCUCGCACUCCCCCCUCCUCUCAGCUACUCACCUGCACUGGCCACCCUGCCUGUUGUCCUUGCACCUCACCUAACGGUGCCCCUCUCUGACCCCUAACAGCUGGGAGAAUCCCGGGGCUCCCCUGACAUCUUCCUUUCAGUUAAGGUUAUUGGUAAAAUUUAGGCAUACACAGUGAUCGCGCUCACCAUGGGGAUUUAGUAUCUGUCUGUAAUAUACCUUGAUUUCUCUUUUUUCCCUUCCCAUUUCCCUCACCUCCCUUUAACCUUGGUUCCCCCUCCUUAUUUGCAAAAUUGUUUCCAUGUUAUCCUUCUUUCCUCAUUUUUACCUUUCCUUUUUUUUUUUGGUCUUUUUGCGACGGGGUCUCUCUAUGCAAUUCAGGCUGGCCUUGGGCUCACUUUGUAGCCCAGGCUGGCUUAGAAUUUGCAAAUGAUUCUUCUGCCUCAGCCUCCAGAGUGUUGGGAUGACAGCCCUGUCUGGUUGAGAGGUGCUAACUCCGCAGUCAUCUCAGUGGCUCCAUCAUCCGGGUCCAUCGUCCUCUGCAGCGGGUCCAUCUUGACGCUGCGUUCCUCCUGGCUCCUGAGGACCAUGGCUCCCGAGGGGAGCAGGAAACUGCUGCUUCCACUCCAGCUCCCGUGCCACCCCUGGCUCCGUCCCAAAGCUGUUCUUUCAGUUGGUCACCCAGGACUUUGAAGUCUCUCUUGGCUCUGUCUGGCAGCGGCACACAGAACCUGGGGCAACCCCUACAGCGCUCCUUGCACAGUACUGCCCCAGCGGCGACCCUAGGUCCCAGCCCACCAGCGCCUCCGCUAGGAGCCCCUGCUGCGGGCGGACCUGGCACACUGUGCUGCUCUAGAUCCCUGCUCUGCAAGCUGUGGUGGCUGCACACUGACUCUGUGAUGGGCUGGGUGUCACAGGACUACACCCUCAAAUCUAGCCCCGCUCUGCGGCACUGACAGGCAUGGAAGCAAUCUGCUCAGGUGUUUAGAGCCGCAGCAUCUGGGGAAUGACCAGGGUAGACAUGGUCAUUGGGUGGGGCUCCCAUUGAUUAAUCUCAGUUCAGUCACAAGAGCGAGAGACCAAAAGACCCACGCUCACCCCCCUCUCCAGGAACGUGACGUCCCGCUCAUUACCACUUCACAGGCAAGGAGACUUAUAGCUUGGCAUAAUUGACGCCAUCUUGAGCUCUGCAUUUAACUAGUGCCCUGUAUUUCAUGCAGAAGAAUGCAAAAUUACCUAGAGUACUAUCCCCUAAGAAAAGCAAAAUGAGCUGCACCUACAAGAGAACAAUGAACCUGCUCAACAAAGAAGCAGGAUACAGAUGUCAACCAAAAAUUAAUGUAAGAUUCUAGCUAAAUUGUUUCCAACACAAUGUCUUUUUGUGGUUCUCUGCUUUAAAAGCUUUGUAACUUUCCAGUUCAGGGCCACUUGGUGGGACUCUGAAACAGGGGUCUCUACAUGAGUGGUGGCUGAGCUCAGCUAAUUAAAUCCCAAAUUUAUCAA